AUGCAAGGCUUUUUGGGAAAAGCUGCAGAGGUGCCUUUUCUCGAGAAGCAAACGCUCAGCCCCAAAUGUUGGGCUCAGCUCUCCUCAUUCUUUCUUUUUCCUGUUUCCCUUUUAGGAUCCAAGGAAUCUCUCAUUUCCCUGACCAUCACUGCCAGCGAAGAAGCCAUGACAGUCCUUGAGGAAGUCAUUAUGUAUACCUUCCAGCAGUGUGUCUAUUACAUCUCCAAGGUAAAUAUAUGUCCCAGGGAGCAGUGGGGCUGAGGGUUGCUUCUCCUGACCGAGGUCCAAAGACUGGGGGGGAAACCCCAUAUUUAUUUUAUUUAUUUGAUGCAUGUGCCACUCAAGCAUAGAAAUCCUCAAGGCAGUCUACGGAAAGAAUAAAACAGUGAGGUUAUCAGUCAGACCAGCUAAAACAUUUGAACAUUAAAAACCAGCAAUAAGCUAAAACACACACCAGCAUUCUAUUCUUCUUCCUCUUCUUCUUCUUCUUCUUCUUACUAUUAAAUUUGUAUUCCGUCCUAUACAAUAGAUCUUAGGGUUCACAACACAAAAUUAAGAUAUAAAAAAUACAUAACACAUUCUAGGUAUCUGGGUAAAGGUAGAGGGACCCCUGACCAUUAGGUCCAGUCGCGGCUGACUCUGGGGUUGUGGCGCUCAUCUCGCUUUAUUGGCCGAGGGAGCCGGCGUACAGCUUGUGGGUCAUGUGGCCAGCUGACUAAGCCACUUCUGGCGAACCAGAGCAGCGCACGGAAACACCAUUUACCUUUCCGCCGGAGCGGUACCUAUUUAUGUACUUGCACUCUGAUGUGCUUUCAAACUGCUAGGUGGGCAGGAGCAGGGACCGAACAACGGGAGCUCACCCCGUCGUGGGGAUUCGAACCGCCGACUUUCUGAUUGGCAAGUCCUAGGCUCUGUGAAAAGGUUUCUUCAGCAGGUGGCGGAGAAGAAGACAGCAAAGGCUGCCACUGCUUGGUGUCCAUCGGCGGGGAGUUCCAAAGUGCGUAGGUGCCGCCAGUCUAAAAGAUCAGACUCCUUACAGCUGAGGAAGGGGUAUUAUGUGGGUCACUUCCUCAAAUCGAAGGGGUCAAGAGGGUAUGCAAGGGGCAAGGCGAUCUUGCAGGGAGACUGGCUUGCGGUAGACAUUUCUGAAGGGUGGACAUUUCUGAAUGCAAGGCAACCCCCCCCCCCGCAAGCAGAAAUCAAGCCUGUCAGGGAGAAGGUUAAUGUUGAUCUUUGCCUGUCAUGUGAAAGUGGCCCUUUUAGCUGCCAAACCAACCUUUCUGAGGAUGAAGAAACUGAGGUCCAUGUAUCAUGGUCUUUACCCAAUGUUGCAGCGGAGGGGGGGUUCCUCGUUCUAGACCUCCCCAGGAGCACCCAAGAUUGCUUAUAUAGCUCAAAUCAUUCCCCAGUUGCAGUCAGAGGCACAGACUCUCUCAACCUUUGCAGAGCUCAUUCUGUCCCCCCAUGCAGAGAAACGGCUGUGUCUCCAGGCCUGGCCCUCUGCUGCACGCAUGGCUGGCACCGCGCAAAGAGAAAGUGUCUCCUUGCAGAUGUAGCUCUGCACAUCCUGCACUGCACCACAGGCGCAGCCAGCCGUGCAUGGCAGUGACAACCGUCGCUGGCUGUGGUGAUGUCACGGGGAGAAGGGGAAAGGGAGGGAGGGGGAGAUCGGAGGGGGCCAACUUCCAGCAACCUGCAGACAUGAUACAUUACAAACGGUUUUGGGUAGACAUCGAGAAGUCAGCAAAACAGAGGGCUUGUCUUUUUAAUCUCCUGUUUGCAAACUGUAGGGACGUGGGUGGUGCGGUGGUCUAAAUCAGAAGGUCUGUGGUUCGAAUCCCCAGCUCCUGCCAACCUAGCAGUUUGAAAGCACACCAAAAGUGCAAGUAGAUUAAUACGUACCGUUCCAGCGGGAAGGUGUAAAAUCCGAAGUGUAAGCUCCUCGAAGGCAGGGGACUCCUCGCUCUCCCCACCUCCCUGCUUGCUCCUUUGCAAAGCUCCGAGUACCCGGGUUGCGAAGCUCUCGCCUCGAGCGCCAGGCGUCUGGCCGAGAGGAACCUCUCGUGAAAUGAAUCAGGUCUCGCAGCCUGGAAGGCCAGAGAAAUGAGCACUUUUACCGGAAGGGUGAGGAAACACUUUCCGAGACGCUAUAUUUGGAGGGGUGACUCUGCCUUUCGCCAGUUCUGGCGCACAUUCAGCAAGCCUCCAGGUUGGAAAUCUGCCUGUUCUUUCCCUUCUCAGCUUUUCCUGGUGCCCUUCCCACUCUCAUCUUAAUUUUUAUUAUUAUUAUUAUUAUGGAGAAAGCAAGAAAAGCGACUCAAGGGGGAAAUGCCACGCAGGGUUAACAAAACCCUCAAUAGUGUACUCCACGCUGGUGCAAUAAAAAUAGAAUGAUAUGACUAUUGAUUUCAAGCCCAGAAUAAAACGAAAACCCACGACUGUUGUGGGUUGAGAUGAAUCUUAAAGAGGAAUAAUAUGCUAUGGUAUUGAAUUAGCCAAAAUCCAUUGAUUAGCAGAGGGAGGGGACAAACUGUUUUCCUCUUUAUUGACAUGUGUUAACACAAUCAAGCCAGACAGCUGCAAACUUCUCGUUCUUUCCAUCUUGGCGAUUGGUCCAAUAUUCCAGCCGUCUCCAUAUCUGCCUGCCCUGCCCUCUCUCACAGCAGACUUCAUCAACGCCAGACCGCUGGCAGCUAUAAAAAAAUGCAUUUCUGAAAAUUAAAAAUGUAUGAAAUAUAUGGCACAGCAAUAAAACUGCUAGCAUAUUUGCAAAGCUAAGCAGGGUCCAGUAUGGUUUCGAAUUGGAAGGGGAUCCACGUUUCGAAAUUCCUGUAUUGCAGAGUCCCUUCCAGCGCUACAAUUAUAUGAUUCCAGUCCUGAUUUAUUGCCUUCUCUGCAAUACUCUUCUAUUUGUGAGGCCUUUCAUAGAAUCAUGGAAUUGUCAAGUUGGAAGGGACCUCGAGGGUCAUCUAGCCCAACCCCUGGCAACCUGAGCGCAUCUUAGUUUAAUUUGUGUGCUACCCAAUUAUAUAAAUCUUUUUAAUUUCAGAAAUGCAACUUUCCCAAAAUGCCAGAUUUGCACAAAAGAGCUGUCAAAAGCAAAAGUUUGAAAAAGGUGUGUGUUUCUUGGCUCCAAGCCAGGAAUCCUGAGGCCUGUUGUGGGUGCAGAAAUAAUAAUAAUAAUAAUAAUAAUAAUAAUAAUAAUAAUAAUCAUUUAUACCCUGUCCACACUCUAGACAGCUUCCAACAAAAUAUUAAAAUACAGUAAUGCAUCAAACAUUAAAAGCUUCCCUAAACAGGGCUGCCUUCAGAUGUCUUCUAAAAGUCUGGUAGUUGUUGUUCUCUUUGACAUCUGGUGGGAGGGCGUUCCAUCUAGAUAAAUAGAUGUUGUUGUUGUUUAGUCGUGUCCGACUCUUUGUGACCCCCCUGGACCAGAGCAUGCCAGGCACUCCUGCCUUCCACUGCCUCCCGCAGUUUGGUCAAACUUGUGUUGGUAGCUUCGAGAACACUGUCCCACCAUCUCGUCCUCUGUCGUCCCCUUCUCCUUGUGCCCUCCAUCUUUCCCAACAUCAGGGUCUUUUCCAGGGAGUCUUUUCUUCUCAUGAGGUGGCCAAAGUCUUGGAGCCUCAGCUUCAGGAUCUGUCUUUCCAGUGAGCACUCAGGGCUGAUUUCCUUCAGAAUGGAGAGGUUUGAUCUUCUUGCCGUCCAUGGGACUCUCAAGAGUCUCCUCCAGCAUCAUAAUUCAAAAAGAUAAAUAGAUACACACACACACAAAUAUCUAGAUAAAUAGAUACAUACACACACAUACAAGCUGCAACGCUUCCCCAGCGCUACGUGGGACCAAAGUGGGUCACUCACCCCUCCUCAGAACAUUUGGUAUGAGAAGUUCAGAGCUGAGCCGCCCUUUCUCUCUCCCCGUCCCUGUCCAGUCUCUGUACGUGUCUUUGCCACCCUUGUUGGACUGCAACCCCUUCCAGAGCGAAGGGCGAGAGGGCUGGCUCUCUUCCCCGCCUCUUCCUGAGGAGAUACGCAAAGUGGUGUCCACCUACCAGGCCAGCUUGGACCUCCUCCGCCAGUAUGAGGUGCACCUCGAAAUCAGCUCCCAGAUGUUUGCCUACCUGUUCUUCUUCUCCAACACCCUCCUCUUCAACCAGCUGAUGGAAAAAGGUGAGUGGUGGGAGGAGCUUCCAGGUGGGAGGUGUGGGGUGUGAAACACAGAGCAGUCAAAUACAACAUUCCUAGAGUGGACAUGUUUAGACAUGAAGAGGGAUGUUUGUCCAGCCAGUAGAUAAACCACCUGUUCCCUCCUGGGCUGGGACAAACUUCCUCUACAGGUGAGCAGAGGUGGGUGUGACCUUACCUGUGCAGGUAACAAACAGGGCAAGCAGCCAUCUCUCUCUCUCUCUGACUCCAUUCCUCAAAGAAGCAACAUCUCCUUAGCCUGAGAUGCUCUCUUGGUUUCCAGCCAAGAGAGGACAAAGGAACUAUCUCCUUAUGGGAUAGAUUCCAGGUGUGUAUACAGUGGACGCUCGGGUCGCAAACGUGUUCCGUGCGGGAUGCACGUUCACAACCCACAGCGUUCGCAACCCACAGUGGCGCAUCUGUGCACGCGCGGGUUGUGAUUCGGCGCUUCUGCGCAUGUGCAAAGCAUGAUUUAGCGCUUCUGCGCAUGCGCGACCGCCGAAACCCGGAAGUAACCAGUUCCGGUACAUCCGGGUUUCGCCAGUCCAUAACCUGAAGAAACACAACCUGAAGCGUCUGUAACCCGAGGUAUGACUGUAUUUUGUAACUUAAAUCUGCCUUCUGGGAUCCAUUUGUGAACAGAACGUGUGAGUAAAGUCUUUUAUACUUUUGUACAAUACUGUGUUGUGUCUAUUCUUUUUAGGAGGGAAUAAAAGGGGAAUUACCAGGAAACUUAUUUUAGAGGCUUAUGCAAGCCUGGCAAACCUAUCUGCUGUGUAAGUUUAAAAGGGUGGGGUGUUACUCUGCUAAAUCAUAGAAAUUGUUAACACAAGUUGGGAAGGAUAUAAUUAAACAAUAUAUCCUCUCCUGCCUCCCUGAACAUUCCCACAGGAGGACCAAGGAUGCUGGCAAGAGAUCAUCAUCUUUGUCAUUUUACUUAUACGCCGCCUUUCCAUAGUUGAAACAAUGCUCAAGGCGGCUUGGUCUGGAGACGGGGAUCUGGAGAGAGAUUUAAUUUUAUCAAAGUUUAAUUGUUUCAUAAUUAUUGUUCCGCACACCCUCUGCUUUUAGCUGUCAGGGGAAAAGGAGGGGUACAAAUUAAUUAAUUAAUUAACUAAUCAAUCAAUCAAUUAAUAAAUAAUUCAAUAAGUAAAUGAAAUAAAAUCUAAGAAGCACUUGUAAAUUAUUUGAAAUGGAAAAACCUGGCGGAAAUGAAGAUCUCAAGAGCAUCGUGGGGUCAACUGGGCAAUCUGACAAUGCACAUCCGAAGCUGGUGAUCCUUCCAUGACCUUCCUCUUCUUCUCCUCCUCUUCCUCUUCCUCCCCAGGCUCCUCCUUGGGCUGCUUCCAUUGGUCGAAAGGCGUGAGAGUCCGUGCCACCCUUCGGCUGCUCCUGGAAUGGGCACAGCGUGUGGGCUUUGGGCAGCUGGCGGACGAGUUCUUUGGCAAGCUCUCCAGCGUGGCCAGCCUCUUGGCCAUGCCAAACUCCCAGCUGGCGCAGGUGAGGAGCCCUUGGCCUCAAAGGGGCACGUCCAGUUGGGCAGUCCAGCAGGGGGGAGUUUUAUGUGCCCGCAGCCACCGUCUCGUGAGUAGGGUUGCCAGGUCUCCGGGGGCUGACCCAAAGUCUCCAGGCUUGUCUGCUAACCCCUUGCAGGUGGCAGGACGGACGGAGGGGGCUUGACUCUCCAGCUGGGUGAGGGCACCUUUUAAAAAAAUAAUUUAAUCGAGGAGGCUGCCUGCAGCUUGAAAGCUUCAGCCCAGCAGGAGCUGGAUGAAGAUUGUUGCAUGGCCUCAAACGGGGCAGGAAGAAGAAGAAGAAGAGUUUGGAUUUGAUAUCCCGCCUUUCACUCCCUUUAAGGAGUCUCAAAGCGGCUAACAUUCUCCUUUCCCUUCCUCCCCCACAACAAACACUCUGUGAGGUGAGUGGGGCUGAGAGACUUCACAGAAGUGUGACUGGCCCAAGGUCACCCAGCAGCUGCAUGUGGAGGAGCGGAGACUCAAACCCGGUUCCCCAGAUUAUGAGUCUACCACUCUUAACCACUACACCACACUGGCUCUGUGUCCUGCCCUCCUCCCCUCUCCCAAUCAACUUCCAUCUCUUAUUGCAUAGUCUUUCUGGGGGUAAUGCUCUCCUCCCCCCCUCUUCCCCCUCCCAGUUAACCUCUAUCUCUGCAAAUUAUUGCAUAACCUUUCUGGGAGGUAAUGCUCUCCUCCCCUCCCUCUUCCCUUCUUCCAAUUAACCUCUAUCUCUGGAAAUUUUUGAAUAACCUUUCUGGGGGGUGAUGCUCUCCUCCCCUCCCCCUUCCCCUCAGUGAAGCAGGGGUGGUGGGGCAGGAGGAGGAGGUGUGGAAGGCCUUGACCAGGCAUAGGCAAACUCUGCCCUCCAGAUGUUUUGAGACUACAAUUCCCAUCAUCCCUGACCACUGGUCCUGUUAGCUAGGGGUGAUGGGAGUUGUAGUCCCAAAACAUCUGGAGGGCUGAGUUUGCCUGUGCCUGGCCUUGACUCUCCACCAUCCCAACCCAUCUCUCCCUCCUCUGGCACCUGCUCUUUGCUUUCCAAUCUUGCAGCUUCUCCUGCCUCUGAGCCUCGUCUUCCAGGCUCUCCCAGAUCACUGAUCCCUUCCUCCAAGUCAGUCUCCAACCCCCCUUCUCCCAGUGCCCGCUCAGCAGUCUCCGGCCACCACCUCUCAGUGUCCAGCCGGUCCCCUAGGUCUCAGGUUUGGUCUCUGAAAUCUCAGCAUCUAAGAUCCUCACAAUCCCGUGAUGUUGGCAGCGCACAUCUGAGGGUGGCGCCAGCCGCCCAGUGAUGGCCGUGGGGAUCAUCCCUCUGCAACACGUCACCCAUCCCUCUCUUGCUUUGCUCAGAUGACCUGGCCUGUGCUGAGAGCCGAAUUCCCUGCCCUCAAUCCUGCCCAGCUACACCACAUCCUCACCCAAUACCAGGCCUCGUCCGACAUGGGCUGUGUACCAGCCUGGCAGCCCAGCAAGGAGGAUAGCCUGGCAGCCUUCAGGACAGGUAAGAUCAGCCACGGCCGAGUUGCCCGGCGAGGGAUUCUGUCGAGAAUCGUGGGGGAAUCGUAGAAGGGGAGAGUCAGAAGGGGCAAUGGGAGAAAUGCUUAAAGAAACAAAUGUGUAUGCCAUGGGUAGGCAACCUAAGGCCCGGGGGCCGGAUGUGGCCCAAUCGCCUGCUAAAUCCGGCCCACAGAUGGUCAGGGAAUCAGCAUGUUUUUACAUGUGUAGAAUGCGUCCUUUUAUUUAAAAUGCAUCUCUGGGUUAUUUGUGGGGCCUGCCUGGCGUUUUUACAUGAAUAGAAUGUGUGCUUUUAUUUAAAAUUCUUCUCUGGGUUUUUUGUGGGGCUUAGGAAUUUCUUUAUCCCCCCCCCAAUAUAGUCCAGCCCCCCACAAGGUCUAAGGUACAGUGCACCUUCCCCCUGCUGGAAAAGUUUGCUGACCCCGGUAUAUGCAGUUCAAAUGUCCCCAUUUCUCUGCCACUGAAAAUGAAAUGGGACGGACUUCAGUGCAGUUUGGAUGCCCACCCCUCGUCACCAAUUACAUUCCUGCCUUGAUGGGGGGUUGGACUAGAUGACCCUCCGUGUCCCUACAAUUCUACGAAUCCCUGACACCCCAAGCAGGGCUGGGGAAGUCCCCUUUCUGAAACCCUCUGCCAGUCUUUCAAAAAUACGAAAACACUUCAGAAAAGAAAAUCUCAAGUCGAGCGAGGACCCGAUGCAGCCCUAACCGUGCUUGGUGGGAGGGGGACACAGAUUACUGGCUGAUUCUUGUGGGAACGGGGGACGGAACGGAGCGCUCUGGGAAAGGUCGUCGCAGCCGAGACCUUGAACGGGAGCACUUACUGCAACAUUUUGCUGUGGGUCCCAGGCGUAGCUUCAUAUUUCAUAGGUGAAAGUCAUUUUGCAGGGCUGACCAAUCCGCUUGGCUCGCUCCCCUGCUCCCCCCCCCCAAGCACACGUUUUGAUUAAUGGGAGACAUUUGAGGGGCACAUUGCUCAGAGAGAGGCGAGUGCCGCAUGCGGUCCUCGCACCGUUUGUGCACAAGGGAAACGGCACCAGCCACAGCCUUUGCAUGCGCUCUUGUCUCGGAGCACGAAUGCCCAUCAUUCCCCACAGAGCUUUUAGGGCGAAAACAGGAGGCUGCUGAAAUAUCAUGGUGGAAACAAGCGUUCCCCUGCCAGGAAAGGCAACCUUUUAAAUCAACAUUUGGGGAAUGAUUUUGUGUCAAGUACCCAAAGCGAUCGGCAGAGAAGCCUCAUCCGUGCCAAAGCAAUUAGACUGAAAGAUGGAGACAGGGCGGCCGAUUUCUGCUUCCUUGGCUGGUUUAGGCAGGGCUGGAAAGCGGUUCUCCUGUCCCAUGCCAAUGGGGAGUAUGUGGUAGCACCCCUCCAAACAGCACAGAGGAUUCUGGGGCAUAUAAUAAUAAUAAAAUUUUAUUUAUAUCCCGCCCUCCCCAGCCAAAGCCAGGCUCAGAGCGGCUAACAACAAUAAAAGUAACACAGCAUUCUAAAAUCAAUUCAUUCUAAAAUCAAUUCAGAAUCAAAUUAAUGGCAACCAUUGGGCUAGAGUUCUAUGAGGAUUACAGAAAGAGGGGGUCACACUGUGCCUUGGCCAAAGGCCUGGUGGAGCAGGCCCCUGCAGGGCCCUAGUCUCUUGUGACAGAGCAUUCCACCAAGUCGGGGCCAGUACUGAAAAGGCCCUGGCCCUAGUUGAGACCAAUCUAACCACCUUGCGGCUUGGGACCUCCAAAGUGUUGUUAUUUGUGGACCUUAAGGUCCUCCAUGGGGCACACCAGGAGAGGCGGUCGCGUAGGUACAAGGGUCCUAGGCCGUAUAGGGCUUUAAAGGUUAAAACCAGCACCUUAAACCCAAUCCUAUACUCCACUGGGAGCCAGUGCAGCUGGUAUAGCACCAGAUGAAUGUGAUCCCGUGGCAAGGACCCCGUAAAGAGUUUCACCGCAGCAUUCUGCACCCGCUGGAGUUUCUGGGUCAGUCUCAAGGUCAGCCCCGCGUAGAGCGAGUUACAAUAAUCCAGUCUGGAGGUGACCGUCGUGUGGAUCACAGUGGCUAGGUCAGGGCGAGAGAGAUAAGGGGCCAACUGCUUAGCUUGGCGGAGAUGAAAAAAAUGCUGAGCUGGUGUGUGUGGGGCGGGGGGCUGUUAUUUAUGGUUGCAUCACGAAAACCCAAAACUCAGACAUUUGCUUCCUCCACAAUGGGCUUUAGAUGACAUCCUGGAGUCCUUCGACAGCCACCCGCCAAUCAUGCUGCCCAGUGGGGGGUUCAAGGUAGACCUGGAGGCUGAACACCUGGAUGACAACAUUUACCAGCACUUCCUCUACAUCCGCCACUUCCUAUGGAGCUUGCGCAGCAAAAGCCCCCACCCCAGUGACUCGCCCGAAGCGGAGACGCCCAAGGUAAAACUCUUUUGCCUUUCCAGAAUCUUGAGGGUUUGAUCUCACAUCUUUGAGAUAUAAAAAGGGCCGUCGCACUCAGUUGUCACAAGUGGGGUAUGUUUAGCCUGGAGAAGAGGAGACCGAGAGGUGGCCAUGAUAGCCACCUAAAAUAUCUGAAGGGCCGUCAAGUGGAAGAUGGAACAAGCUUCUUUUCUGCUGUGCCAGAAAGCAGGACUCGAACCCGUGGCUUCAAGUUACAAGGAAGGAGAUUCCGACUCAACAUCAGGAAGAACUUUCUGACAGUAAGAGCUGCUCCACAGUGGAUCAGACUCCCUCAGGGGUUGUGGAUUCUCCUUCCUUGGAGAUUUUUAAGCAGAUUUUGGACGGCCAUCUGCCAUGCUUUAGUUGAGAUUCCUGCAUUGCAGGGGGUUGGACUAGAUGACCACUGGGUAGAAAGGAACAGUCUGGCAAGACUGCUGAUGGAAGGGGAAAAGAAGCCUUAAGGUUCAUUACAGUAUGAUCACCUUACAUGGCAAUUACCUUGCACGAUUUCAACCAUAUGCGGUUGAAGGCUGCGUAAGUUAAAUCCAAGCAAGGCAGGGAUCUUAAAAACUCUUUUUACACCAGGCCUGCUUGGGUUGAUCCAGUGCAGAACAAGCUGUGAAGCUCUCUUGCCUCACUUGGAGGGGCCAGAACCUCUCAGUACACCAGCUCUGGAAUGGUCUUGCAAGGUCUCGUGGGCAUAAUGGCUCUGGGGUGCUUGCACGAGAUCUCACGUGGCCAUGCGUGUUCCCACGGGGAGGCUGCCUUCCGGAGUUUCCGUACCACGUGGGCCUUAAAAGCUUUCUGCCCUGCUUUCUGGGCUCGCACACAGGCUCAGGGAGUAUGAUGCAUUCUCUCUCUCCCCAUCCACUAGCCGCAGGGAAGACACAGAGGGUUUUGGGUAAUAAUAAUAAUAAUAAUAAUAAUAAUAAUAAUAAUAUAAAAAAAUUUAAAAAAAUCCCUUCCAUCUGGCUGGGUUUUCCCAGGCACUCUGUGUGGCUCCCAACAGAAUUAUUAUUAUUAUUAUUAUUAUUAUUCAGUGGUACCUUCGGUUAAGAACUUAAAGUGGUACCUCAGGUUACAGACUCCGCUAACCCAGAAAUAGUACCUCGGGUUAAGAACUUUGCUUCAGGAUGAGAACAGAAAUUGUGCUCUGGCGUCGCAGCAGCAGUGGGAGAUCCCAUUAGCUAAAGUGGUGCUUUAGGUUAAGAACAGUUUCAGGUUAAGAACGGACCUCCAGAACGAAUUAAGUAGGUACCACUGUAAUUUGUUCUGGAGGUCCGUUCUUAACCUGAAACUGUUCUUAACCUAAAGCACCACUUUAGCUAAUGGGAUCUCCCACUGCUGCUGCGCCGCCGGAGCACAAUUUCUGUUCUCAUCCUGAAGCAAAGUUCUUAACCCAAGGUACUAUUUCUGUGUUUGUGGAGUCUGUAACCUGAAGCCCCUGUAACCCAAGGUACCACUGUAAAGCGAUCAAGCAUUAAAAACUUCCCUGAACAGGGCUGCCUUCAGAUGUCUUCUAAAAGUCAGAUAGUUGCUUAUUUCCUUGCCAUCUGAUGGGAGGGCGUUCCACAGGGCAGGAGCCACCACCGAGAAGGCCCUCUGCCUGGUUCCCUGUAACCUCACUUCUUGCAGGGAGGGAACCACCAGAAGGCCCUCGGAGCUGGACCUCAGUGUCCGGGCUGAACGAUGGGGGUGGAGACACUCCUUCAGGUAUACUGGGCUGAGGCCAUUUAGGGCUUUAAAGGUCAGCACCAAGAUUUUGAAUUGUGCUCGGAAAUGCACUGGAGCCAACGUAGGUCUUUCAGGACCGGUGUUAUAUGGUCUCGACAGCCACUCCCAGUCACCAGUGUAGCUGCCGCAUUCUGGAUUAGUUGUAGUUUCCAGGUUGCAUUCAAAUGUAGCCCCAUGUAGAGUGCAUAGCAGUAGUCUAAGCGGGAGAUAACUAGAGCAUGCACCACUCUGGCGAGACAGUGCGUGGACAGGUAUUUCAUGCUAGCUCAUCCUGAACUUGGAGGAGAAGCAGGAAGGAAGUUAAAGCCCAAAAGGAAGUAGUCUAAUUUACCAACAAGGAGAUUCUAAGAAAGGAAGAAUCGGGGAGGAGAAAGGACAGGUUGCCUUUCUGUCUGUCGCUCCUCUACCUGUUCAGGUAAAUCAUUUCAUGUGGUGUGGCUUAGUUUACACACCCAAUCCUUGCUAUGCCUGAGGACUGUCUGGGCAAGAUCCAAAAUGAUCUUCCCACACAGGGCCACUGAGAUCUCCCCUCCACCCCCCUCUGCCCCACGUUUUGCAGAACAUGUUGAGAGCUGUUGAGAUGGGGGUGGGGUGGGAAUGCGUUGGAUUGUUUGCAAACCUGCGGACGUGAGAUUGUCUAUACACCCACCCACCCACAUUUUGCUUGAUUUUUUAACAUAUCAGUUCCAACAGUCAUACAACAUAUCUUAACAUCUUAUACAAUAUUUUUGACUUCCGUCAACCCCUCUGAUGAUUUUCCAUUCUUUAUCAAUUAUUCUGCAUUUUUAAAUUUCCUAUUACACUUAAUUAUCCUUAACUAAUAAUUCUUUUCAUAGUCUUUCUUUCAAUAUUUCAAAUAAUCCACCUUACAAAACUUCUUGCAGUCCUACUAGGUAAUCUGUUCAUCACAAUUACUUUUCAGAUAGUUCAUAUAUUUACUCCAGUCUUCUAAGAAUCUCUGAUCCCACAGCUUUUGAAUCCUUCCUGUUAAUUUAUCUAAUUCUGCAUAGUCUCGGACGUGAGAUUGUCAAUGGGGUCCACCCCGCUGGUAGAGAGUUGAGCAAAAGGGCAAGUCUUUUCUCCUCCCCGCGCCCCCCAUCUGAAAUAUUGUGGCUCCUUCCAUCACCCCAGGGCUCACGCCCAACCAGCAAACCAGCUGCUGCUGCAAGCCCAACAUGAAAUCCAGCAGCGAUUCUGAAUAAUUGAAAACCAGUCGAGGGCUCAAAUUCCAAGGCGUGCACAUGUUAAACCCCCACCAGACUUGCGCCUGCACCUGCUUGUCGCCUUUCCUUCAACACCACCUGCCUGUUUCUGCUGAGUGUCUGCAAAGAAAUCUUCCUAUAACCUGAAUUGGGAAGGACAACAAUAUUGUCCACCUUCUCCCUGGGGUUGCGAGUUCACCUGGUUGUGAAAUCAGCACCCACACAUUUUCAGGUCAAGGCAACAAAUGCAGCUUGCAGUUCUCCAGAUCAGGGUGUCAGCUGGCCGGCCAGCCCCUCUUGCAAGAGAGUCCAUUCGGCUCUCGAUAGUACGAUAAUCUUUAUUGUCAUUGUCCCAUACAGAACAACGAAACUGAAAAAAUCUACGUCAGACAUUCAAAAACCCACAAGCCUGCUAUCCCAGCCUGGUUAGCCCCCUAAAAACUCUGAUACCCCAUAAUUAAAUACAACAUACUCCCGUAGAGACUACCUUACACUGCGUUUAAAACCCAAAUCGCAUUUGGAUAGAAACUGUUUCUCAGGCGGCUAGUCCGAGUCUUUAUAACCCUGGACCUUCUUCCAGAAGGCAGAAGCUGAAAGAGAUCAUUUCCGGGGUGCACACUAUCCUGCGCUAUCUCUGCAGCUUUCUUAUGACAACUGGAAGCAUAGAUUUGAUCCAAGGGGAGAAGAGAGCGCCCAAUUCUUCUCUCUGCAGUCUUUACAACCCUGGACAGCAUUGUUUUUCCCCUGACUGUGCAGCUCCCAAACCACACACACAGACCAUAAGUUAAUACACUCUCAACAGUACAGUGGUACCUCAGGCAGCGAGUGGCCCCAAGGCCAUGGCUGAGAGGCGAUUCAAACCCUGGUUCCCCACAGUUGUAGUCCAAUAUCCUGUCUGUUAAAUCACACUGAGGCCCCGUCCACACUAUACAGUGGUACCUCGGGUUACAGAUGCUUCAGGUUACAGACUCCGCUAACCCAGAAAUAGUACCGCGGGUUAAGAACUUUGCUUCAGGAUGAGAACAGAAAUUGUGCUCUGGCGGCACAGCAGCAGCAGGAGGCCCCAUUAGCUAAAGUGGUGCUUCAGGUUAAGAACAGUUUCAGGUUAAGAACGGACCUCUGGAACAAAUUAAGUUCUUAACCAGAGGUACCACUGUACAAUGGUAAAAUGCCAUCAACAGGCCCUUGGAGAGAUUGUUUUUCUGGAGGAUUCUCUGAGAAUUCUCUGUUGCUGCAACUCGGUUCGUAGUAGCGGAAGCUGUGGGAGUUUUGCAAAGCAAGACAAGGGGCGCCGCGGCGCUCCGUUUAUGCAUGUGGUCAAAAUUUGCUUUUCUUCCUGCUGAGUUUUAGUUAUCUCAGGUGGAACUGUGAUUGCUUUUCUGAGCAGCCCUUAAAGGCCUGUGUCUGACAGGCACCAAGGGAAAAGGGGCUCCCUCUGAGUCUGGCAAAUCUCUUCCUAUCGAUGACCCCAUGAUGGCACCUACUGGGAGCCACCUGCUGGCGCUGGAGACCAACUCCUCCUCGCUUUGCCUGAUCUCCAAUUGCAGCCCUUCCUGGCCUUUAUUGAAAGCCUCCCUGGGCUGAUGCUUCAGAGAGACAGAAGCCAAUGCGAGGGAUUAGUGCUAAUUCCCUAACCUGAAAGCGAGGGGAUGGAAAGACGGCGGAAAGCUCCUUAGCAGGGCUAAGACGGGGAGAGUUAGCCCUCGAACUCGUGGGCAUCCAAUGAAGGAAGCUGAAUGCGGGAAGAUUCAGGACGGAGGAAAGCAAGUCCUUCUUCGCGCAUCUCAGAGAUGAACUGUGGAACUCCCUCCCACCAGAGGUGGAUUUCCCUUUCCAUGGAUUGUAGAGAGAUUAGAACAGGUUAGAUGGUGCCUUGCAUGUCCUGCAUUUUGGGUCUAGACCUUUCCCUCUUCUUCCCAUCAAGGAGGAUGAGGAUGCUGUGAAGGCUCCACUCUUCUGUAGCAUCUGGGCUGGCUGCCCCUCUGCUACGGAGCCAGGUUCACGGUCCUUGUAUUAAUUGACAAAGCCCUGAACAACUUAGGGCCUGGAUGCCUCAAAGACCACCUGAAUCCUUCUAUCCCACCCUGGCAGGUUCGUCCGACUACAACAUGAAAUGCAGCAAUUAGUGUCACCAGCCCAGUCCUGUGGAACUCUCUGCCACAGGAGAUUCAGCAGGCACCUUCUGUUCCAAUUUUUCAGUGCCUCCUGAAAACGUUUCUGUUCUGCCAAGUUUACGCGAGCAAUUAAGAACAACCAGAAUUCAGCGGCCGGGUUGCUCACCAGGGCAAGGCGAUUUGAGCGUAUUGCACCGAUCCUGGCCCUACUGCACAAACUGCCAGUUUCUGGGCCCAAAUCAAAGUGCUGUUUUUGACCUAUAAAGCCUUAAAUGGCUCAAAACCACAACACCUCAAGGACCGCCUCUCCCCAUAGCAAUCGACCCAGAACCUGAAAUUGUCCAGUGGCUGUUCUUCACAAGAGGUCCAGAGGGUGGCAACACGAGAACGGGGCCUUUUCUGCAGUGGCUCCCCGCUUGUGGAGUACUCAUCCCAGGAGGCUCACCUGCAGCCUUCAUUAUACACCUUUAGGUGUCAGACGAAAAUGUUCCUCUUCUCCCAGGCCUUUGGCUAACUAUACAACCUACAGCCUUUUAAAUGUGUUUUCUGGGGGGUUGUAUUUUUUUCUUUUCUUUUCCUACUGUUAUAGCACGUAUUUUGUGUUUUAUGCCGUUAACCUCCCUGUGGUCUCUUGAUGAAGGCUGGUAUAUAUAUUUAGUAAAUGGCAAUAACCACCUCUGCACAAUAGUUAGCUGAUUUCUGAUUUUAGCAUUCUUUUUCAAUAUGGUUUUCAUGGUUCUCCUGUAUGGCUGUAGUAAACUGCUGCGACAGCUUUUCCCCCAUGAAUUUCAGGAUAUAGAUGUUUCAUAUAAGUAAAGGAGAGACUGACGCCUCCCCUUUCCCUGUAUCUCCCUGUUAAAAGACAGAUGCCAUCGGCUGCCAAACCACCCCCCAGGCGGACUCGGAGGCAGAGGUGACAGGGCGUUCCUAUGCCCGGGCGAACUGGCAGCGCCGCAGACCCGUGAGCUGCGUGGAGCCCAGGGCAGCUGGGGGUCCCUCUCCUGUCCCGCCAGGCGCCAACGGUUCCGCCGGGGAUAACGAGGCUUGUGAGCAGCAGCUCCAGGAGAGUCUCCACCAGCUCCACCUGCAGGCCUCUCAGGGGAAGGGCAGCAUCCCAUCGGCGCCGGCAGACCCCUCCUGCCUGCUGACCCCGCCCAACACACCUCUGACCUUUGACCCAGCGGGCCUCGAACUCACCCCAGAGGCCACCCCCGGAAAGGCCACGGCGGACCCUCGGAGGAACGGCCUCAGCGGCACCAAAACCACGACCCUUGAAGGUAGGAAAUGAAGAACACUUUCUGGGACAAGCGAGUUGAACCUUUCCAGGAAGGCUGUUAUAAUAACUGGGAGUGUGUUUCUGCCGAAUUAUUCUGUUGAGAGUUAUUGCAAACUGUUACAUCUGAAUGGAUUAUCAAAUACAGUGGAACCUCGGUUUUUGAACCUAAACCAGGCCAGACCAGCUUCCGAAAAGUUUGAAAACCGAGGAUCAAUGGGCUGGCUGCAAAGUGAAGGGAGAAAAAUGAAAAACGCUGCUCAGCAGCUGUUUUGCUUCCGAAAUUGUUCAAAAAUGGAAGCAUUCACUUCCGGGUUGUCGGCGUUCGGGUUCCAAAUUGUUUGGCUUCCGAAGCGUUUAACAACUGAACUUUGUUGUAUUUAUUAGAUCUGUAAAUAGCAGAAAAACUAAUCACAUUGCAGUAAUCUAGUAUUGAAGCAGCAAAAACAUGAACUGCUUGUGACCAGGAAUGGCCAUAGCUCUCAGACCAGGGACAGAGCUGGCUGCAGAAGCAACCCCCCAACUGCAAACUUGCUCCUUCAGGGGGAGGGCAACCCCAUCCAGGGCAGCCGACGGACCACUUUCUUGGGCACAAGAGCGACGCAGUGCCUCCGUCUUGCUAGGAUUCGAGCUCCGCUUGUUUUUCUUCACCCAUUUUGCCCCUGAAUCCACAUGGUGAUGCCCCGGCGUCUAUGUGGCCUCGCCUGGUCUGGACACUGGUUUUGGUCUCCCCGUCCCACGUAGCAAGGGAUGCUGGUCCCCGUGGCUUAAGCACUAACACUGCCCAGAAUUCUCCAGCAAGUAAAGCAGGAGGGAGGGAGGCUCUAGCAGUAGCUUGGGGUAGUUUUCUACAUGUGGGGAGGUUUUUUCUCUCCCCCCAAAAUGGGACCUGCCACCCUGCAGGCUGAAGUGAUGCCAACCUCUCAGGAGGCGCUGGCGCACUAGGGCAGAUGGGGUGCUGCCUCACCAACCCGCCUGCCCUAUUCAGUAAUAGCCAAAGGCAACACGACGACCAAGUACAAUGAUGCGAUGUCAAUAUAAACUCCUCAUAUAAUCUCUACAGAGCAUUAAACAAUAUGAAAUAUGCACUCUCUGCAAAACCAAAUAAACAGAAAUCUUCUAAAUCUCUGAAAGUCACAAAUUAUGCACUCUUGAUGGAUUCUCUUGAAAACAUAGAACCAAAUAAGCACAAGUCUUAUAGGUCUCUGAAAGUCUUUGUGGGCUAUGCAAGUCUCUGAGAGAAGCAAUAGGUCAGAUUCUUAUCUGGUGAAAACAAGCUGUAAAUGUUAAUAGUAAUAUUACUAUUAAUGGAAUGUAUAGGCCUCCCUUCACCUGAGGAUCCGUCUCAGUGAUUCCCUUGUAGAAUUCACCAGGGAGGAGAAGGAGGAAGAUGGGGGGGCAGUCGGGACUAGAAUUCGUUGGCUUUGCUUGCCGUUGGCUCUGGCACCCCCUGGUGGUGGGCUCCCUGCCUCCUGCCCUACCAGUUGCCUUCUAGGACUCUUGCCUAGGCUUGCUUUGCAAGAGCUGUGGCUCACGAGGCAAGCCCAUCGGUGGGCAGAGCCCGUCCACGUUGGAAUUGCAGCUCCUGGGAGGGAAUUGGAGGUAGACGGGAGUCCAUUUCAGUUGCCAAAUCCUCUCCCAACCUUCGGCAGCAAAAUGCAGAGUGUUACCACCUUGUGCUCCUGCCUCUGAGUCACUGGGUGGAAGCAGCUGGGAGCAGCCCUUGCCAAGUCCAUUGGCAGCUCCAGCCUUGGGUUGGGCUUGGUGGCUUCUGACGCUUGGCCUCUGAGAUCCCAUUUAUUUCACAAAAACAGCCGCACUUUGAGGGCUCGCUGCAGCCUGCGCAAGCUCCCAGCGCUGGUUGUGUGCACUUGGUCAGAAGGUCCUUGCAGUUUAAAUGUGAUUUACAGCCGAUUUACCAUACUGCUGACAGCAGCGAAAGAGUGUAUUGCUCACAGAAAUGGGAAAAUAAAGACUAUUGACCACUGGGUCAGGAAAACCUGGCCAACAAUAAAAGUUACAUAUGAGAGAAACGCUUGCUGGAUCCUCACGGGCGUUUGGUUGGCCACUUGGAGAACACGACGCUGGACUAGAUGGGCCCUGGGCCUGAUCCAGCAGCCUCUCCUUAAGUUCUCGUAUUUAGAAGGUGUUGCUUGCGAGGAACAGACAGGCUCACAAACCGCCUUCCUUCUGACCCCAGGCUCUUCGCCAACGCCCUACGACUUUCCAACGCCAGCCUCUUCGAGCCGCAGCUCGGCCGCGGACGAUUUUUGCUACGUCUUCGUCGUGGAGCUGGAAAAGGGGCCCAUCGGCUUGGGAAUGGGGCUGAUCGAUGGCCUGGUGAGUUUCUCGCUCUCCCAGCUUCAGUCGCUUUCGGUCUGCUGCCAAAGAAGGGCUGGUAGGGAAAGCUGCGCAGAUGGAGAGGUACAUAGCUCCUGGCCAUUGUCCAUGCUGGGACCAAGGGGAAUUUGGCCAAGAAAAUCUGGAGGGCACCCCUACCCCACCCAUGAGCCAGCCCUAGUCCAUGCACAGAGUAGUGUCAGGUCUCCAGGGUUUCAGCCCUGCUUGGAGACACGAGGGAUUGACCCUCUGGCAUGCAAAGUACACCCCCUGUCCCUGAGCUACGUCGAGCUUCUUCCAUGUGCUAAAAUGGUCCCUGGCAAACUUCUUAGGAAGGCCUCUGGUUGUGUUGCACCAGGGCGUUUAUGCUCUCUGUGCUCCUUCCAGCGGUCAUUCCUCUGUGGGUCACUGCUGCGGAUGCACAACCCGAUCGAUUUUCACCAGGCACUGCGGUCGUCUGCAAGGGACAGGGGUUGAUGUUGUCAUGUUUGCAGUAAAAUAAAUAAGGCGGUGUGGCGAUCACACAGGGUCCCCGGACGUUUAACGGUCUGUUGAUCCCUAUGCCACCACCGUGCUCACUUCCCCGCUGCCACCAACCCGUCACUCUCUGGUAAAACACUGAGUCCAGUCAGUUGUUAAAAGUGGACCAAAAAAACAAGUUUAUUUUACAGACAUUAACAAGUUUAUGGUUUCUCAGAUAAUAUUCCUGUCAGUAUCUUAACUUUAGUUUCUUUACCGGCCUAUACCUUCCUAAUACCUUCUGACUGAUUAUCUCAACUGUUUGACUGACUCCUCUUAACAAAUUCUCUCCCUCUCUCACACCAGACUAGCCCAACCCACAGACUUUUCUUAUCCGUCUCUUCUAACUCCAGACUGUCUUCUCAACAACUCUAACUCUACUCCCCCCAAAAAACCCCUCUGUGCUUAAACCUUAUACACAGUUAACUCUGCCCCUUGGGUUCCCAUGGGUUAGUCAUUUUACAAUUAGUUAACCCUUUCCUUAUGAACCCAGUAUGAUGUCACACACCUAGGAGGGCAAACGCCACAGGCGGGUCUUUGGGUGGCGUCAAAUCCCAGGGCAAAGAGGAAGCUGUGCAGUGAAGGCGCCUGGUGCCCCUCUCCAGGGAGGGAGUCCCACAGCUGGGACAGUCCCACAGCGGGGCCACCACAGAGAAGGCCCUCUCCUAGGUCACCACCCCCUUCUGAGCCUCUGAGGGCAGAGCCAGGAGGGGGUCCUCCACCAUAGCACCCGAGGGAGUCUGGAGGGGAGAGGGGACCUUUCAGGUCUUUGCAUCCCGAGUUGUUUGGGGCGUUAAACACCCGACAGGAGUCCCUUGAAUUGAGCCUGGAAACGAACUGCCAACCAGUUGCAAGAAGGGAUGGCAAGAAGGCAGCCCAGGAGUUUCUCAGUGAGACUGUCCAAUGUUGGGCUCCUGCAAACGCCUCCAUCCAUUGGCGAGAGAGCUGGCUUUGACCUCUCUGCCUCUGACUCCCGCUUUGCCUUCUCUCCCCCCAUCCUCUUCAGCACACGCCCUUGAACUCCCCCGGGAUCUACAUCCGGACCCUGAUCCACGACAGCCCUGCAGCAGCAGACGGGAGGCUCUCCAUUGGGGACCGGAUCCUAGCUGUCAACGGCACGAGCCUCAUUGGCUCUGAUUACCAGAGGUAGGGAAAGAGGAGGGAGGCUUAGUGGGGGGGAGGGGCUGCAAGGUGGACCCCCGAUUAUGUGGCUCAGCGGAAGGCUGCAUCCUGCUUUCUCGCUCUCACCCACUCUUUCUGAUGGGCUUUCCCCUCUCCCUGCUCCCCUUCUUCUUUCAGUGCCGUCGACCUCAUCCGAUCGGGGGGCAAGAAGCUGCGAUUCCUGGUGGCCAAAUCGGACCUGGAGGCUGCCAAGAAAAUCAGCUUCAGCUCCUCACCUUCCCCUUAA